GCGCGCGUGCCCCUCCGUAAGGCAAACACACGCGGUUUGUAGCAAAAAAAAAAACGCACGCUACAGGUGCCUACACGUACCACCCUCGCACAUGAUAAAUAGUCUUGUUUUUUCCUCGACGCUGCGCCCUACGAAUCGAGUGUUGUCUAAAGAAAUCAUUUAGAGCGUACAUUAUUUCAUAGGCAUGCAGCGACGAGGAUUGAUUUGCGAAAUAAAUGAGUGUGUAAAAUGUUGUUGAAUACGUUGUGAUAAUAAAGUUUUAAUAAUUAAUAACUGUUGACGAGUGAUGUUGUGAAAGCGAUGGAGAAGCUCCGGAUGCCGUCUUCGUGGCGGAUUUGGACUCUCCUACUGUUCUGCGUUUCAAAAGAAGGGAACGGUCACGCCACUGACGUGGACGUGCGGCUUACAGCUCCCAGCUGGGUCGCACGAGGGGGCUCUGCGACUCUUCGCUGCCUCCACCAGGUUCCACCCCAGCUCCUCUACAAAGUGGAAUUCCUCACAUCAGAAGCUAAACUCCUGCAGUAUGUGCGAGAAAGAGUCCCUCCUUUUACCAACUACAGUUUUCCUGGUGGAAGAAUUAAUAUGUCCCUGGCAACGGAAAACUCGAUUACAAUUGAGAAUCUAGAGCCUUCAGCGUCCGGCCUUUACUGGUGUGAAGUGUCUCUAGAGACCCCAAUCUUCACAGCUGCCUCGCCUCCUCACCGUCUGACUGUUGUCUAUGCCCAAAAACAUCCCCCCAUUAUAACCUUCGGGAAACCAGACGUGGUCGUCGGAGGACUGCUUCGUGCCAAUUGCACCAGCGCUCCGGCAGCUCCUGCUCCAAAACUGACAUGGUACAUCGACAAUGAAAAGGUUCCGGAAGACUCCAUCAAAUUCUUCUCUUACCGUGUCUCAAGCUCCACCAGGACCAAGGGAGGUGGUGGUUACCGGCACAGGAAGCACCAACAUAGAUAUAUAGCUCCCGAGUUUAACUACACGGCCAAAUACUGGGCUUUGAUUAGCGAAACAACAGCAUCACCGCCCUUGAACCUAACAAAACACCACAAGUGUACUCUCAAAGAGGCGCAAACCGAGGAAAUGGCGAAGAUGCAAGAGAAACCUCGUCCUCCGCCCGUCGUGCCAAUAUCCCUCUGGGUGUCAAUAGCAGAGCUACGUGCUCCAGCGCACGGUAGACUCCAGCUGACCUGCACAGCAACCAUACCUGAUGAAGUGGGACCUGGUGAGAAGUACGCUGAUAUUAAGAAGCAAACUGUUACCGUGGCUGUCAACGAGUUGAGUGUGAAACGUCCACACUCUGAGACGAGCCAAGCCAACGCCACUGCCAACUAUAUACAAGGCCACCACCCACUCUGGCUUCUUGGCUACGGACUUCUACUUCGCAAACUUUCAUUGCGAUUCCGACUAAACUAAAUCAAUGAAACUAGAUUUACACUUUCCCCGGAGGACGUCUUGCUCCAAAUAAACACAACAUUUAAAAUGUAUAUUUCUUAGAAAUCCUUUAUUUAUACAAUUUAUUAUGUAUUUAAAUAUAUAUUAUAAUAUAUUUUAAGCUUCGUCUCACUGUCAAGGUAAAAGGUUGUCCUAAAUGUGAUUUUUUUUGCUAAGCAUUUUUGAAGAUCGAAUUAGCUAUUUAAAUUUUUAAGUACAGGACGUUCGUGUACUCGUAAUUCGGAAGGUAAUUAUUUUGUAACAUUAUUGUGUUAAAUUAAGCCUUUCAAAUGUUUACCAUUGGUUCAGUCCGCAAAUAUUUUGAUGCUAUUUUUAGAACACCCUGUACCUAUAGUCUGUUCAUAUUUAAUCAAAGUUAUGUCGUUUUUAGAGUUUAAAACAAUGUUAUGAUGUUAAAUGAUUUUAUUAAGUCACAAAUAUUUCAUCUCUCGUGAGCUUCUAAACAUCAGUCAAUUAAAACUAACCUAAUAUAUUUUCUGCAACAGGGUUCACUUAUUCGUAGAAGUUAUAAACCACUCACCCUAUAUAUUUUAUUGCACUUAAUUUUAUUUAUUCAUUUUUCAAGUACUCCUUUAAUAACUGUUUCUAAAAGACAUUUAGCAAAUAUAAAAAUGUGUGUCAAAAAAUGAUGAUUCAAAAUCAUUUACAAGAAAAAUUACCUUACUAAUGUUGUCAGCAUAGCAGAUUUAAAAUAGGUAGCUAUCAUUAAAAAUCAUUUUAACUUUACUCAAAGCUACACUUAAGUAUCGUUCUAUUCCAAACUCAUGUCCUAUAAUUUCACUAACUUUUAUUAAACAUUUUAUUAAAUUAUCCAGAAAGUCGUUCUACUGUUCGUAAUUCUACUAUUUAUUAAUAUUUUGACGUCAAUCUUGUAGUUGGGCAAUUAUGUCGUAAUUGGCCAAUUACAAGAUAGACAAACAGUCAAAUUUGUAUUUAUGGAUUACUUUUAAUUACAAAUUUGUCUUCGCUAGUCGUUGCUUUAAAUGUUCUUGUUAGAAUAAUAAAAAUACCAGCGGUUUUGUUUUUUAAAAGGCGAUCUAUAUAGCGCCCCAUUUCUGCUACAGGAUUGUAAACGAAUUGUAUAGAAAAAAGCGCGUGCGUAUAAAGUACACAUGUCAGAAGUGAA